AUGGAGCUAUCAAAGCGUGGAAAUGAGGUGAGUGAUAUCCGGAUGAUUCGACGAUUCACAGGUCAGUGCCACCCCGAAUUCACUCCACCGGUGCAGGGCCACCUAACGCAGAGUCCCAAAGUGGAUUCGAAGCUUGAUAGUGUGAACACUAGACCCGGAGGUCAAAACAUGAUCUAUUCACAACGGCUAUGGGACUAA